CUAGUGAGGAAAAUAGAGGGAAGAGCACUCUACUUCAUGUAAGAAGAGGAAAUGAGAGGGUGGGCUCUAGGGCGAUGCCAAGGAGGGACGGGGGAAAGCGUGACCAACGAGGAAGUGGACAUCCUCAUCUCCUCACAGGCAUGGCUGAAAAUCCACGGACUGAAAGAGAGCAAGCUCUGUCUCCACCAGGUCUUUGCACAAAUAGGCUUCAAGCACAGCGAGGAUUAUGUUCGCUCUCUUAGGAAGCCAGUUUCCUCACAGUAUGCUGAAGGCAUGUUUUCUCAGUUUAUGAAGGAUGGCGCUGUUUAUAAUCUAACUGCUAGCCCUCAGCAGCUCCAGGAGCUUUGUGAGAGGCUGCGGAGAAAGGCCAGGCUGUACCAGCGUAGGCUGGACUGGCUGACCACUGGCAGCCGGCAGCUCUUCGGAGUGGUGCAGGAACGUGCCGCCGCCCUGGUGCUGGACUUCGGAAGGACGUCAGGGGCCCAGUUCCAACUGAGCCAGGACUCUGUGUGCCUGCUGCUUAGGGAGCAGGUCUCGCAUAUCUUCCGGUUCAACCUCAUUCGCUCCGCCCCUAGGAUGGAGAUGUGGCAGGAAAAGGCAGUGCCCUCCUCUGAUGCCCAUAUUGAUUCUGCAGUAGAGUGGGUAUGGAAGUUGAAACCGGAGGAAUCUCCCUCUGCAUUUGACACUGCAGAGGCUGUGUUGAAAACCAUGGAGGAUUCAAUGUUGGAAGCAGUCUACCUUUUCACUGUCGGGGAUUUUAGAGACAGCUUAACAGACGUGCUAAAGAAUAAACUUGCAAAGAAUGUGUGCCCCAUCCACACUGUAUCAUUCAAUGCCAAUGAAAAGGAGACCAUUCAAGUCCUAAAAGAGCUAUCUCAGCUUACUGCUGGCAGGUUCCACGCGUUUGCGGAAAUGCAUACCUUCAAAGAUGAAUUGUACGGCUCAGGAGGCAGUGAUGGCGGGAACGGCCAUCCCACUUGCCUGCCAGUCAAACCCAUAGGGGGCGUGCCUCCAGGGGCUGGGGUCAGAGAGGAUGUGUUCCUGGUCUGGAGGGAGAUGGAGGAGGCUCAGACAACCAGGGCUCGACUCCAGGCCAUAUUGAUGAACAUUUCCCCACCUGCACCAGAACAAGAAGCAGCAGUUUGUGAGCCUGCAGUCAUGCGCUGGUCUGAGGACUACCUCAGCUCCAGGGUGUGGCUCUCCCAGUACGGGUUGAAGGCCCAGAAACUGCUGCUGUUCGACGCGCUUGCAGACUGUGCCUUCCGCCACUCAGAUGGCGUGGUCGACGUCAGAGUCAAGCCGGGGGAUGAGAGUGUGCAAACCGAUGCUGAAGCAAAUCAUAAGCUGGUCAAUGCCAAGUACUGUAAUAGAUUUGUCCACAUGAGAUGGAAGGACGGUUCUUUGGCACACGUGUACAUCUCUGCAGACAAGUGCAGGUGGUACGAGGAGCGGAUGAAGACGGCGCUGAUGAAUAUGCAGAGGAGGCUGGAGUGGCUGAGCAGGGGCAGCAGGGAGCUGUUUGGGGCAGUGCUGGAGGAGCAGGUGUAUAUCCUCUUAGACACUUCAGAGUCCAUGAAAGAUCAGCUUCCUCUUGUAAAAGAGAAGAUUCAACAGCUCAUAAAGGAGCAGCUUCGACACAAGGCCCAGGUGAACUUUGUGAAGUUCGGCUCGCGGGCGGCAGCGUGGAGAGAGAGGCUGGUGGAGGUGAGCCCUCAGAGCCUGGAGAACGCCUGGAGCUGGGUCAAACGACUGCAGGCUGGGGGUUCGACCAACACGCUGGGCGCCUUGCAGCUGGCACUGGCAGACAUUGACACACAAGCUGUUUACCUCCUGACUGACGGAAGGCCAGAUCAGCCUACUGGAACCAUACUGGCACAGGUUCAGCUUCGCCCACCAGUUCCGGUACACACCAUCUCUUUCAACUGCAAGGACCCAGAAGCCAACCACUUCCUGUACCACCUGGCACAGGAGACGGGAGGACGGUACCACUGCUUCCCGUGUGGCCCCCAGGAGCCCGGGGCCCCCAUGCCCUACGUGAGUGAAGACACACACCUCCUGAAGGCUGAGAUCGUAAAAGGAAAGAAAGAGCUGGAGAGAGUCCUGAAACUCCGUGCGGAGUGUGUGAUGUUGGACUGGUAUCACAACGGGAACAGUACCACAGCAAAAAGGACUGGUGAGAGACCCCACAGCGCCCCCUGGCUGCAGAAUGCAGAGAGACCAUGGAGGCCCAGGUCAGCACUGGGGUGUGUUACAGGGUCACGCCCCAGUCACCGGCCGCAGAUUCCCACAACCCAGGCCCAGAGUUCGCUACCUCGGCCAGCCCGCCACGCAGCACAAACAAAAGCCAGCCUGCUAAGGCUCCUGAGCAAUGGCGUCAGCGUUGGCAACAGUGGCGGAAGUGCACUCCAGGAAUGGAUGCUACCGGAGACCUUGUCCCUCUUCCAGACCAACACCAGCAAGCAGAAGCAGGUUCUCAGCCGUCUUGAAUUAACCCCCCUAGAUGUCAGCCAAAAGAAACCAAAGCAGAAGACUCCAACUGAAUCUCUUAGCAUGUCCUCAGCCUGCUGGCUUCGGACAAAUAGUUUGGUUGCCAGGAGACUGACCAUAAUCGACGCCCUGGCCCCCACGGCCAUUACACAGAGCGCAAAAUUCAUCCCUGUACUGGAGAAACACGUCUACUCAAAAGUGUUUGAGGAGGUGUUCCCCCUCGCUCACGUCAGUGGCUGCACAGGACGGCUUACCUUGGUAAACCCUCAAGCUGUGAACCUGGAACACUACAAAACCAGGCUGCAAGCAGCUCUGCAGGACUACCGGAGGCGUCUGGAUUUGAUUGUGUGGAAAGCGUUGACUCAAGAAGAAAGAGAUAAGUUUGGCAGUGAUAAGCCAGUGAGAUUCCAGGAGCACCGUGAAGCCCUGCUGCAGGCCCUGGAGAGCCUGGGCUGGCCCCUGCCACAGGAGGACGUGAGCCUGCUGGAGGACCAGAUCAACAUGGCCCUGUCUUUCCUCCAGCAGGCCUCCGACCUGCAGCAGGCCGCCAAGCAGACCCCCGGCACCCGGGACGCUGAUGAGAGAACAGAGAUCACAUCAUCCAGAGCACAGGGGGGGACCAAGCCCAGGAGAGCACUGGACACCCUCAGGGGUCAGAGUGUCCUGGCCAGGUCGGAGGCUGAUGGAUUUUAUUAUCCAGGGACCGUGAGGAAACGUCUGGCCGGAAAGCGGGUGUUUUUGGAUUUUGGCAGCGGGGAGACAGAAAUUGUUCACCUGAGGUCUCUCAUCACCGUGGGAGGGGCAGGACCAUGUCCCCCACUGAGAGUUGGUGAUUUUGUGCUGGUCGGCUCGGGGACAGAGGGCACAGGCGAUUACUUUGUCCCAGGGGUUGUCAUAGCAACCCCUCGCCGACUGGAACCCUCAGACAAACUACACACUGUUCUCAAAUACGACAGCAGGAAGGUGCACACACUGCGUAGCAACAUGGUGAAAAUCAGCCAGACCAGGUAUGACCUCACCUGUCGUCAGCUCCGCGAGCGAUACGGAGAACUGCAGCGAUUGGACCACAGGAGGAGAACAGGAAGUGCAUCACUGCAGAAAGCAGUGGACAGGAAGCCUUCACAGACUGAGAGGAGGAAGAAGAACCGGCCACAGGAAGCCUGCAGAGCCCUCCACCCCCUGAGGUCUCCGGACACAGACCACCAUAAAGAUGAAGACCUGGAGAGCAGGCGGGAUGGCAGCAGCGAUGGUAGGGAUAGUUUGGCAGACAAGUCCCGCAGGAGCUGUUCCCCCAGCUCAUCCUCUCAGACCCUGACACCCCUGCCUAGCCAGACGCCCACCCCCCGCUUAGGACAAGACUCCCUUAUUGCAAAGCGAACAGAACUUCCAGCCCCUCUUGCUGCUGACAGGAUUGAGGCCCUAGCCCAGGACCUCCUGUUGGCCCUGGAACAGCAUCGAGGACAACAAGAGGAGAUUCAAAGGUACAUCAAAGCACUGUUUCCACGCUGCCUGGAUGAUAAAGAGCAGGAGGAGCAGAGGGAAUUGACCACUCAGCAACAGGAAGCCCUGGAGAAGUUGGAGAAACUAAUCCCUCCCACUGCAGGUCCAGCCAAUCAGGACAAGGGCGAUCCUGGUGGCGUACCUGAGUAUGUAAACACAGCUAGACUCCUCAUGCCCAAAGUCAGUCCUGGACGGGAUGUGCUGGCCCGAUGGGCCCGUGAUGGCUGGUACUACUACAGUUCCGUGGUCCAUGCUUGUGGAGAUCAGAGCUACUUUCUGCAGAGCCGAGAGGGGGCGCUAGAGAGAGUUUGGAGAGAGGACAUUAUCACAGAGGGAGAAGAUUCCAGCGAGGAGAUAAAGGCAGAAGACCCUGUCAUCGGUGCCCACCCACUGUACCCUGAUCGGUACUGUCCAGGGGUGGUACUGGCAGUCACGGAGGAUCUACAGACAAAGGUGAGGUAUUACGAUGGCAGCGAGGUGCUUGUGUCCCGGGAGCAGCUCUUCCAGAUUCCCGCCGAGAAGUUUGAGAGGGACGUGGCCUACAUCCUGGAAUGCGAAGAGCGCUGGGUGGGCGAGCUGGUGGUUGCCAGGCGCGAGGACACCGCAACCUAUCAUCCCGCGGAGGUGCGUCAGAGGGUGGGGAAUGGGAAACAGUACCUGAUCCGCUGGGGCGACGGGACCAGCGCCGUCCAGGACAGGGAGUGGAUUUUCGGGAAGUGGAGCCGUGCCCAAGCUCUGAGCGUUGGAGACUAUGCAUUGGCACUCGCUGACCCCGCCUCCCUCACCUUCCUGCCCGGAGUGGUGCAGGGCUCCACCGGAAUGCUGCUUCAUAUUCAUUUCAUCAGUGGGGAAAGUCAGACUGUGGAAGCCCACCACUGCUUCUGGCUCUCAGAAGAACAAUUCAACAUGGCGGCACACCUCUUCACCAGCCAGCAAUGGCGUAGGACAGUGGAGGAGGAGGAGGAGGAGGAGGAAGAGGAAGAGGAAGAGGAGGUAGAGGAGGAAGGAGGGGAUGACACAGAAGACGAGCUGGACAAGACUGUUUACUCCACUGACUCCAGAACCUCCAAUCCCUGAGCACAGCUAGCACUCAUUGAAAGUCACAGUCCUCCCAUAGGACUUCCACGCUUCAUCAAGCUUUUCCUGCUGCCAAUAGCGCUUUUGCCACUAUACCAAUAUGGCACUGCCUGUGUGACUCAUAUAUCGCGAUACUCCCUGAGGUGACUGCAUUGUUAUUGUACAAUAUCACAAAAUAGCAGAGAGAUACCACAGCUUUGUUUCUGUGUUCUGUGCCAUAGUCUUGCAGAGCUUAGAGUUCUCACUCUAGUCAGGCACACUGCAAGUACAGAGAAGUGCAUGCAUAGUUGCUGUUUUAAUAGAAAGAGAAUGCUCCCUGUUCAUAUUCAUACAAACCAAAUCAUAUUACGGAUGAUGUAACAUCAGUUAGAAUGAUCUUGGUUCAAAAUGUCUUGUCACAUUUGCAGUGCACACGCAGAACUAAAAAGGACUUUCAUUCAUACCUAAGUUUAUGCACUUGUCUGUUAAAUUUGAACUGAAUCUGUCAUGUAAUUCUUUACCAAUGUCUUUACAUGUGGAACACUGGAAAUAAAGCAAA